AUGCCUUUAACUUCAGAAGAAGCUUUAAAGGUCAUGAAAGGUGUAGCCCAGGGUCUUCAUACAUUGCACAAGGCCGACAUAAUUCAUGGAUCACUUCAUCAGAACAAUGUUUUUGCUUUAAACCGUCAACAUGGAAUUGUUGGAGAUUUUGACUUCACCAAAUCUGUGAGUCAGCGAGCCUCAGUGAACAUGAUGGUUGGUGACUUAAGUUUGCUAUCACCUGAACUGAAAAUGGGAAAACCUGCUUCUCCGAGUUCUGACUUAUAUGCUUAUGGCUGCCUUUUAUUGUGGCUUUCUGUUCAGAAUCAGGAAUUUGAAACUAAUGAGGAUGGAAUCCCAAAGAUGGAUCAGUUUCAUUUGGAUGAUAAUGUCAAAUCCCUCCUCUGUAGCUUGAUCUGUUGUAGAAGUUCAAUGACUGCUGAGCAAGUCUUGAAUGCUGACUGUUUCUUGCUACCAAAGGGAAAAUCAGUGCCAAACUCAGAGAAAGAUACUGAAUACAUCCCCCAAAAAGAGGAAGAAGAAUUAAAGGUGAAGAACUUGGAUAAAGAUAAGGAAAAGACAAGAAAUGGUGAAGCCAGCUUUGAUUGA